GAGAAACAGGUGGUAAGAAAAUAAACCAAAGUCGAAAAGCAUCGCAUCUCGCAUCGCAUGAAUUUCAAUCGGAAUAUAUGAAUACAUAAUCCACCAAUAAUUGAUCCUUAAGUUACGUGCUUCAACUUCUUUCAGAAGAUGGCAAUGAAAGAGUGGAAAUUCAGAGAGAAUAGCAAAUUGAAGACUGCAUCAGCGUUUUCAAUCAAACUUGUUCUUGAUGAUGUCAAGACAAACGUAAACCCAAGUGAUGAAAGGACCAUUAUACCUCUCGGCCAUGGAGAUCCUUCGUCAUUUCCAUGCUUCCGCACGACUCAAGUAGCAGAAGAUGCAGUAGUCGAUGCUCUCCGCUCUGCUAACUUCAACGGCUAUGCACCCAAAGGCGGAGUUCUUCAAGCAAGAAGGUCCAUAGCCGAGUACCUUUCUCGCAACCUCCCUUAUAAACUAUCUCCGGAUGAUGUUUAUGUAACACUCGGUGCUAAACAAGCAAUUGAAGUAGUAUUAUCUUCAUUAAGAAAACCAGGUGCAAAUAUUCUUCUUCCUAAACCUGGCUACCCAGCUUAUGAAGCUCUAGCCAUUCUUAAUCAGAUUGAAGUCCGCCAUUUUGACCUUGUUCAAGAAAAUGGUUGGGAGGUCGACUUGAAUGGGCUUGAAACAAUGGCAGAUGAUAAAACUGUUGCCAUGGUCAUUAUCAAUCCCGGGAACCCUUGUGGCAAUAUAUUCUCACAUCAUCAUCUUCAAAAGAUCGCUGAGACUGCAAGAAGGCUGGGAAUAUUAGUGAUAUCAGAUGAAGCUUAUGCACAUUUGACUUUUGGAAGCAAGCCAUUUGUGCCAAUGGGGGUUUUUGGGUCUGUUGUUCCUGUUUUAACCCUUGGAUCUUUAUCAAAGAGGUGGUUAAUUCCUGGGUGGAGGCUUGGUUGGAUAGCAAGAAACGACCCUGAUGGCGUUUUUAACGGAUAUGGGUUUGUUGAGUGCAUAAAGAGGUCUCUUAAUACAAAUUCAGAAGCUGCAACAUUCAUACAGGCUGCUGUUCCUCAAAUUCUUGAAAAGACAAGUGAUGAUUUUUUUGUGAAGACUAUUGACAUACUGAGGAAAGACGCUGAGAUGUGUUAUGAAUGUUUGAAAGACAUUUCAUGUUUUACAUGUCUACAAAAGCCUCAAGGGUCUCUCUUUCUGAUGGUUAAGUUAGACUUGUCAAAGUUGGAAGGUAUAAAAGAUGAUAUGGAGUUUUGUUCAAAGCUUGCUAAAGAGGAGUCUGUUAUCCUUCUGCCUGGUUUUGUGUUGAGAAUGAAGAAUUGGGUGCGUGUAACGUUUGCUAUUGAACCAUCGGCUCUUGAAGAUGGGCUUGAAAGGAUUCAAGCAUUUUGCCUGAGGCAUGCAAUCAAGAAAUAGAGAUUUUAUGUUAUCAUAGUCCAAACAAAAUACAUGGGUGUACUAUAAAUAAUAAAAAUUAGUGAUAUGAAUUAGCAUUCUCACUGGUUGUACGAUGAUAACUAAAAUAUAUUAGUCAAUCAAAAAAACAGUUUCAAUC